GGAGCGCUGCUGAAGGCAAAGGCAGAGCAGCUGCACAACAACGACCCGAGCGAACCGGAGCGAACCCGGAGCGAACCCGGAGCGAACCGCAGCCGCGCCGCCUCUGUCCGCCGCCUUUCUCCGGAUCCCAACGCCUCUCUGCAGCAUGUACCGGAGGAUCCCCCGCUUUGCCCGGAUCUGAGCCCGGAUCUAAAGGUUCGGAGGCGGCCGCUGUUCUAACUCAUGCCCGGGGCCGAGGCCAGUGUGACGGAGGAGCCCGGAGGAGGCCCCGCGCUGGAUGGAUGUCUCUGUGGCCGCGGAGCUUCGGCCUGAUCGUUCCGUGGAUGUUUAGGCGUUUUGUUUCUGUCGCCGCUGAGCGCACACCGUGAAAGCUGGCCGCCCCUGGAGCUCUCUGUGACGACGUGGGCGAGAGCGUGAUGAGCGCGCGCUUUCGUUUACCUUCGGCCAAAUCCUACAAUGUGCGAGCAAGCGAGCUGGAGAGAGAGAGGAGCCACGCCCAGGCCGUGUGCAACGUGCUGCUACUGGACAACUCUGUGCACGCCUUCAAAGUCAACAAAGCGGACCCUGGGCAGGUGCUGUUGGACCUGGUGUUUAAACAUCUGGAACUGACAGAGAGGGACUACUUUGGACUGCACCUGAGUGACGAGUCGUCCGACGCCCCGCGAUGGCUCGACCCAAACAAACCAAUCAGGAAGCAGCUCAAGAGAGGUUCCCCUCACAGCCUCAGCUUCAGAGUCAAGUUCUUUGUGAGUGAUCCGAGCAAACUGCAGGAGGAGUACACGAGGUACCAGUACUUCCUUCAGAUAAAGCAGGACAUCCUCACUGGACGUCUGCCCUGUCCACACAAUACGGCUGCUCUGCUGGCCUCCUACGCUGUUCAAUCUGAACUGGGGGACUACAGUGAGCAGGAGCACCCGAUCGGGGAGUACCUCUCAGACUUCAGCUUCAUCCCCAAUCCCCCUCAAGACUUCCACCGUGAGGUCUGCAAGCACCACCAGCAGCACAGCGGUCUGACCCCGGCGCAGGCUGAGUUCCAGUACCUAAACACAGCUCGGACUCUGGAUCUUUAUGGGGUGGAGCUGCACUGGGCUCGAGACCAGAGCCAGACAGAGAUCCUGCUCGGGGUCCAGUCAGGAGGCAUUCUGGUCUACAAGAACCGCGUCCGGAUCAACUACUUCCCCUGGUUAAAAAUCGUGAAGAUCUCAUUCAAAUGUAAACAGUUUUUCAUCCAGCUGCGCCGAGAAGUGUCGGAGUCACGGGAGACGUUGCUCGGGUUCCAUAUGGGGAACUAUCGCUCCUGUAAGAACCUGUGGAAGGCCUGUGUGGAGCACCACACCUUCUUCAGACUAGAGCGCCCCCUACCCCCUCACAAGAACUUCUUCAGCCACUACUUCACCCUGGGGUCAAAGUUCAGAUACUGUGGUCGGACGGAGGUGCAGUCGGUGCAGUACGGCAAAGAGAAGGGCAUCAAAGACCGAGUGUUCGCCAGGUCUCCGUCGAAGCCGCUGUGCAGGAAGCUGGUCUCAGACUGGGACUCAGUCAGCAGGAACUCUCUGUCAGAGGAACGCCUGGAAACACAGAGCCUCCCCAACAGAUCCCCCCCCGGAACCCCCAACAAAAACUCCCUGUUCGUGUCGGAAGGCACCCGCGUACGCCCCUCCUCCGUGGGUCACCUGGUUGAUCAUGUGAUCCACUCCUCGCCCUCACUUCCUGUUUUCUCGUCAAAUCACAAGUCUGCAUCGUCCACACAGGCCAACAGCAUCUCACUGGACUCCACGCCGUCUCCGGAGGGUGUAGAUGGGCAGCCUCCCGCUCUGCCGCCCAAACAGUUGAGCCGAAAAACCCUGAGUCAGAUCAUCCAGGCCCACUCCCAACAGAGCCUGGACAAUCACCUGAACGAACUGUACGACGAGCCGGGAGCCGACAGCGCCACCUUGAAUGGAGUGGUGCCUCAUGAUAACCUGGUGCUGAUCAAAAUGAGACCUGACGAACACGGACGCUUUGGAUUCAACGUCAAGGGAGGGGCGGAUCAGAAGAUGCCCAUCAUCGUGUCCAGAGUGGCUCCUGGGACCUCGGCGGACCUGUGUGUGCCGCGUCUGAAUGAGGGAGACCAGGUGCUGCUAAUAAACGGCAGAGACAUCUCAGACCACACCCACGACCAAGUGGUCAUGUUCAUCAAGGCGAGCUGUGAGAGUCACUCGGGGGAGCUGAUACUGCUGGUGCGGCCAAACGCAAUCUACGACGUGGUGGAGGAGAAGGACUCUGAGCCGGAGUUUCAGUACAUCCCAGAGAAGAGUCCAGUGGACUCGAGUUUGGACCAAAACGCCCUGAGAGAGUCCAUGAGCACACUGAGGGAGGGGCUUCGACAGGGGGCGCUGCUGCAGCAGUUUGAUGCCCUGUACCGGAAGCGCCCGGGGAUGACCAUGCUUUGUGCCAAAUUACCUCAGAACGUCUCCAAGAACCGCUACAGAGACAUCUCUCCCUAUGAUGCGACUCGAGUGAUCCUGAAAAGCACCGAUGAUUACAUCAACGCAAACUACAUCAACAUGGAGAUUCCAGCCUGGAGUUUGAUAAACCGGUACAUCGCUUGUCAGGGCCCGCUCCCUCACACGUGCCCAGACUUCUGGCAAAUGACGUGGGAGCAGGGCUCGUCUCUGGUGGUCAUGUUGACCACACAGGUGGAGAGAGGACGGGUGAAGUGUCAUCAGUACUGGCCCAACCCCGAGAGCAGCGCGGCGUACGGAGACUUCAGCGUCACCUGCCAUAACGAAGAGGGCGGUGCCGCCUUCCUCGUUCGAGAGAUGACGCUCACACACAAACCGAGCGGGCAGCAGAGGGAGCUGACACAGAUCCAGUACUUAGCGUGGCCGGAUCACGGCGUUCCCGAUGAUUCCACAGACUUCCUGGAUUUUGUGACUCUGGUGCGGUCCAAGCGCUCGGGGCAGGACCAGCCCGUGGUGGUGCACUGCAGCGCUGGGAUUGGCCGCACAGGCGUCCUCAUCACCAUGGAGACGGCCCUGUGUCUGAUGGAGUGUGGUCAGCCAGUGUUUCCUCUGGACAUCGUGAGGACCAUGAGAGACCAGAGAGCCAUGAUGAUCCAGACCCCGAGUCAGUACCGCUUCGUGUGUGAGGCUAUUCUGAAAGUUUACGACGAGGGGCUGGUCAAACCUGUGCACCGGCCUGUCCAGCAGAGGGAGCCAGAGCGACCCAGCGACCAAUCACAGAGCGCCACAUCAUCAGCGGCGUGCGCGGAAGUGGAGGGGCCGGGGGAGCGCCACCUGCUGGAGCUGGAGGAGGACGACGAGGGCGACGUGGAGGUCCUGGAUAUCACAGAGGAGACAGAGGGAGAGACCGAAGACGAAUGCAUCAGCGUGGGCAGCAUCGGGAGUCGAACCAGCAACCAAGAGACCAGCAAAAGACCCCAGACGAGUCCAGAACCAGGCUUGGACUCAGACCAGACCACGGAGGACCCCAGCGAAACCGGUUAUGAUCCAGAGAAAAACAGGGAGGAUUUGAACGAAAGCAUUUCAAACCACAAGGACGCAGUGGAGACCAGCAGGGCACUAGAGACCAGUCUAGAAUCCAGUCCGGACUUGGAUGCGAGUAAGGAUCAUGAGGAAAACAGGGAGGAUCCCAGCAAAUCCGGCUACGAUCCAGGUAGAACCAGCCAGGACUCGAGCAGAAGCAGUUCCGAUCUCGACAAAUCCAGUUCCGAACCAGCUAAGACCAGCGUAGACCCAGACAAAACCAGUCCAGAGACGGAAGAGUCCAGUUUAGACCCCAGAAAUCCCAGUCCAGACCCGGAAAAACCCGACCAGGAUCUGAACAGAACCAGCGGUGAGUCGGAAUCCCGGACAGUAGAGCCACAAUGAGCCCACGGAAAAGAGGAGGCGGAAAAAUAUAAGACAAACAGGAAGUAUGAUUUUCUUCAUUGGCUCCAAAUAAAUUUUUAAUUUGUUCUUUUUUUUAUUUUUAUUUAAUUGUAGAAGAAAGUCCCUUAAAUUCCCUGUACCUGAUUUUUUUUAUCUUAAAAACAGGAAAAUCCAAGCAAGUUCAUUUUGGUUAUGACAAGUUUAGAAGCACUUUUCACAACUCAAAUAAACAAAUAAAACACUUUCUAAUUUAAUGCACACAACUUUGUACACAACCACUGCCAUGCUAAUCGGCACUUCCUGAUUCUCGGCUAAAAUGCCGACAGUCCUGUUCUACUGUACAAGACACAUUUUGCUCAAAACAUCAAAGAAAAAUCAGGUAGAGGCCUUUUAAAGUUACAAACCACUUUUGGCUUAUCAUAAUAUUCAAUAGUUUUUGUAUUUUUUGUAAAUUGUCUUCUGGAGUUGCCCCACAGAUUUCAGAGGUUUGUUAAUGAGGAAAAUGAUCCUAAUCGGAUAAUGGAGUAAAUCUUCAGUAAUAAUCUAAAACCUCUGAGCUUCAGUUCACUUUGAUUAGUUGUGACCCACAGGUUUGAAAACUUCUGUAUCUCACCUGAAAUUCUGAAUCCAGCUCUUCUUUCAGUUCAGGCUUUGAUAGACUUUGAUUUGUCAGGAUCUCUGGACGUAUGGGCUGGCCCUGCUUAUGUCUGAAUCUAAUUUUUAUGCAAAUGUUGAUUUUAAUUUUAGUUUUAUUGAUGUGAAAUGAUGAAACUGCUUUAAACACGUGCCAUAAGAAAAAGGACAGAAGUUUUUUGUAAAAAAGUGGGUAACAAAAUGAUCAGAAGGUAUUUCGAAAAUUCAAACAGGAAUUUAAAGGAACUGUAUGUAAGAUUUUGAUUGAAAUUAAUCCAUAAACGUGACCUAUCUGUGUCCAGAGAGGUCUUGUUAUUCUUGUUAUUCUCCAAUCAGAAAGCAAAAUGAGCCUCACAUGACUCUCUCAUUCGAGUUGCCAGUUUCAAUGGUGAAAUCCAGUGUUUAAAUCUAAAAUGUCUCUGGUCCGAACGGUUGCUCCCUAAACCCCAGCACCUGCGCCAGUCAUGAGUCAGUGCUAGUGCAACCUCUGCAGUUCAGGGAGGGAACUGUGAAGGUUCUGAGCUUCACAUGAGGCCUGGUCUGUCCAUGUACUGAUCUAUCUGCAGGUUCAUUUGAGUUUGUAGUCACUUUUUACAAGUGUAAGAGGCAGGAUACAUACAGCUCCUUUAAAUAUCUGCUGAUGAUUCCUGAAAUGGUGACUCUUCCUGUUUUCCGCCUCCUCGUGGUUUUCCGGUCAGGCAGAAUGCACUGAUGCACUUUACGCGACAGACUCGGACAUGGGACAGGUUUGGACGUGUUCUCGGACAUGUUUGGAGCGCGUUUACGGAGGAGCGCGUCUACGGAGCGGCUGCAUCCUCGCCGUGCCAUACCCGAAGGACCUGAUUUUCCAAACUUCCUUUAGCUGAAAAAAACAACAACAAAAGUAUUUAUUCUUGUGUUCUCCCUGUGUCGCCCCCUGGUGUUCGUACGGAGCCCUGCCUCUCGCUGUCGUGUUUUGGUGCUUUUUUUUUUUUUUUUUUAUUUGUUUUGAAUUCUUCCAUCUGUUUAAAAACUGCACUUUGGUCUGACAUUUGGACCACACGGGCCUGAAGGAUCUAGUACUGUCUGUAGAUGUGUCAGAUGCCCUCCCAUUCUCCUGUAUCCCUGCGUGUCAAAUGCCCUCCUUUUUUUUCUUAAGAUGCGAUGUGUGUAUAUUUUAUUUAAUCUUUUAAUUGGUUGUUUUAUCAUAAGAAUAUUAAUGAACUACCACUGAUGUAAUUCAACUUUUAUAUAAUUAUCGUAUUAAUGAACCAUCCUCAAAGAAAGGGCAUUAUUCACUUCAAUUCAAAUUACAGAUUCAUUUUAUGUUUGGUAGUUUCCCUUUUUCUUGUAGUCCUGGAUAAUCCUGUUUCAAUCCUGAUUUUAUUAUAAUUUACACUUCAGAUUAAUGACGUGGUCUAGUAGAUGUGGUUCUCAAACUGUGGUACACGACCCCCAUUUAAAAAUAUAUAUUUAUUCGAUUUUCAAAAUACUUUUGUAAAAGUUAUUUAUAUUUUAUUUAUAUUUAUAUGUUUCAGGUACUUUAUCAUUACAGUAUAUUAUCUUUACUCAUCUCACCUGUCUGGGUUUGGUCCUGGUUUUGUUCGGGUCUAGUCUAGUCUGGGUUUAGUUCUGGUUUGAUCCAGAUUUGGCCCUGGUUUGAGCAUUGGUAUAGCUGGCCCUGAUGUAGUUUGAUUCUGUUUUAGUCCUGGUUUACUUCUGGUCCUGGUUUAGAACCUGGUUUAGUCCUAGAUUAGAUCUUUUAAAUCCUGGUUUAGUUCUUGCUUAGUCCUGGUUUAAGUGAAUGCAACUCAUUGUUCUUUUCUUAUGAGUAAUUAUCUUUUGACUAUAAAACAUCUACAGACCGUCCUUCAGUCCGUGUGAUCCAAACACUCAUUUAAUUUCAUUUUUAAUUUUCUAACAGGAGGGACUUGUGAAUUAACCCAGAUGCCCUGUCACCUCUCCUCGUUUUAGCUCAUUGUUUUUAGUUCAAAACAAAUGGUUUCUUAUGGGUUUUGCUGGAGAAUCCUACUGCUGUGUCAAACCUGCUAUAACUGGAGCAUAUCAGAAAGAAUGGUUUUAAAAUAGUACUUUAAACUGGUACUUUAAACUGGUCAUUUAAACUGGUACUUUAAACUGGUACUUACAGUUACUGCACAGGUUUGUGUUUUUCAAGGUACAAUGAUGAAAUGUUGAACAAAUGAAAUGAAAAAUGCCACUGAACUUUGAGGGGAGUUAGAAAUGUGUAGGUAUGAAUUUGAAAGGUCCACUAGUCCUGGCUUAGUUCUGGUUUUGUCCUGGUUUAGUCCUAGUUUUGUCCUGGUUUAUACCCAUUUUAUAUCUGAAUUUGCCAUGGACCUGUUCAGAACUUUGCAAAUGUUUGAACCACAUUAACACUCGAGUUAGACCUGGUUUAGAUCUGGUUUAGUCUUGAAGUAGUUCUGGUUAAACUAUUUAAACUGUUUCAUCACAAAAAGAAUGACCGUGCCAAAUGUAAUGUAUUUUUUUUCUAGCUAAAUCUUUUUCAGUCUAAACCAGGUGUGGACCAGGUCUGGACUAGUGGACCUUAGCUCUGCUCUUGGGUGCUCUGGUGCAGUACGUUGUUGUGAAUAGUGAUAAUGAUAGUGUACAGACCAUAGACUGUAUGAGGACAUGGUACAGACCAUAAACCAGGGGUCUCCAGCCUUCUACCCCUGAGCUCUGACGACAAAUCUGAUUUAAUUUCUACAGCGUCAUAUGGAGAACACCUAAGAACUCUGAGGAGACACUUGGAAAGAGUCUGAGAGCUACUGGGAGCUCACGAGCUACAGGUUGGAGACCCCUGCCACAGACUGUGCGUGCGUGCGUGUGCUUGCGCACUACAGACUGUGCUUGCGCACUACAGACUGUGCGUGCGUGCGUGCGUGUGCUUGCGCACUACAGACUGUGUGUGCGUGUGUGUGCGUGUGCGUGUGUGUGUGUGUGUGUGUGCGACAGACUGGGCUGUUUAAAGUCAGGUCCAGUUUAAAAGGGUCACGUGAGACUCAAACGGCUCUGGGACGUUUACACUCGAGAUGUUACAAAAAUAUGAGGAUCAAAUGUAAGACCAUGGUUAUUCUGACUGAAAAAUAUUUAAGUAUGAAAAGUGUUGUUUUUAGUUCGGUUUAGACCUGGUUUAGUCCCAGUUUUUGGGCCUUGGGCAGAACUGUUUUAGUUGUUAGGGAUUACUAGUUCACACCCCAUUUUAGUCCUAGUUUAGUCUCUACUUUAGUCCUUACCCUAGACCCUGGUUCAGACCUGGUUUAGAUCCUGGUUCAGACCUGGUUCAGACCUGGCUUAGACCUGGUUUGGUCUUAGUUCCUCAGUAUAAACAGCCCAGAGUCGAGUUUAGCAGCGUCUCUUAUUGUGAAGUGCAGGUUGGAGCGCUCUUAUUGUGAAGGCCGGUGGAAGUGGUGCUGCUGACCUGGAAACGGACGAACACUUUAAUUUAUGCUGAUUUGAUUUGUAUUGAUUUGUAUUGAUUUUUGCUCUGAGAGAAUUUGUACGUCACAGCGCCACCUGUUGAUUUGUGUAAAUAUGGCAGACUGUAAAUACAUUGUUGUACAUGACAAAUCUUUAAAUAAAAGGGAAUUCAGUCGUGA